GUCGAUUAAACCCUUGUUUUCAAUCAAUAAAAACUUCAUGGAACAUUAUUUCGACCUUCAGUCAGUCCAUGUAAGAUAAAGGGAUGAGUUUGUUUCAACACUUCAAAAGAGCUGAUAACAAAAAAUACAGCGUCUGUGCGCGAGGUUUGGUUUUAACGCCGAUCAGAUGGUUUGAUUAUUAUGCCUCUGCUAAGUCAGGAGCCUCUUGUUAAUCACGGUUGCCUGGAGGACUUGUACGAUAUACAACAGAAAAUUGGAGAUGGACACUUCGCAGACGUCAAUCUUUGUGUGUGCAAAAGUUCGAACAAGAAAUAUGCGGCCAAGUUUAUAAUGAAGCAACGGAUUAACACAGGACUUCAUGGAUCGAGCGUUUCUGAUAUUGACCGCGAGGCUUUCAUUUUAGCAAAUUUACAACAUGAAAAUAUUGUCAAUUUGCAUGAAGUUUUCUAUCGAGAGGAUUCCGUUGUUCUCAUUCUGGAUUUAGUAACUGGUGGGGAACUGUUUGCACGCGUAGCCGAUUGUGAGCGUUUAUCAGAGGAGGAGGCCUCAAAUUUUGUCCAGCAAAUUCUUCUGGGUGUCCAACAUAUGCAUGGUUUGGGAAUAGUUCACUUGGAUUUGAAGCCUGAGAAUAUAAUGAUUGAAGAUCUGGCAUCCAGAAAGAUAAAAAUUAUUGAUUUUGGCCUAGCCAGAGUUCUAAAUCCAAAUGAAAGCUUUCAAGAUAUGGCAGGAACACCGGAAUUUUGUGCUCCAGAAAUCGUCAAUUUCGAUCCGAUAACUUUUGCAACUGAUAUGUGGGCGGUUGGGGUAUUGACUUACAUAUUAUUAACUGGAAUUUCACCUUUUGCUGGAGAUACACAACUUGAAACAUUUCAAAAUAUUCUCGAUUGUAUUGUUGAUUAUUCAAGAGAGGAAAUGCAAAAUGUUAGUGAUCUAGCUAAAGAUUUUAUUCAGAAACUGUUGGUGAAAAAUCCCAGAAAAAGAUCUACAGUUAAUGAAUGCCUUCAACAUCCUUGGAUUAAACCUAAAGAUAACAAACAGUCCAAUUAUCGACGGGAUAGCUUAAUAAGCAGAGAAAAAUUAUCCAGUUUACGACAUUUUAUAGCUACCAAUCCAAAUACCAGUGUCUUAUCUUUGAAGAAGAAUAAUACAGAAGAGCAAGAUAAGUCUCCAUCCUCCCCUACAUCACCAUUAUCUUCUGUUAACAUAGAUGAUAGGACACGAUUUUCUUUGCCAGAUAACUCUGUUAUUAACAAAUUUCAAAAUACAGUGCUGUUAGACAAAAUUGCAACUGAAUCAUCAUCAAAUCAAACAUUUAAGAAUAACCAGUUUUGUAAAAAAGAAUCAAAUCAGAACACAAAUAACAGUAAUAGUGGUAGUAAAACAAUAAAAAAUGAAAAAGUCAUAAAUCACAUAUUACAAGCGAAACGUCUGUCAGCUUUCAAAACAAACACCAGUGCUUGCUCAACGAAUUCUGGAUCGCCUGUUGUCUCCCAUGUAAACAACUCCCUAAAUGCUGAACAUCUAAAUAAACAAAGAAAUAAUGAUAUCAGUCUAUCAGACCACUCCAUUCCAAUUGACAAUGUAAAAAAGUGGAAUCCACGCAAUUCACUUUGCGACACUGUAUCUAAGACUAGUUCUUCUUCAAUCAAUAAUAAAGUGAAUGAUAAUAAUAAUAAUUCGAGUACAAAUACUAAUUCCAAAGUACUCAAUAAUUUGACUAAUGAUAAAAUUUCAUCAGAUUCUACUUCAAAUAAAUCUAUUAAUAAUAAUAGUACUGUUAGUGAUAGUUGGCGAGUAAACUUUCAAAAUAACAUAAUUGGUCGAUUAGGUGCGGCAUUUGCCGCUGCAACUGGACAUGUCACUACUUCAACACAUCAUCAUAUUUCAAAUGAAGUUGAUUCUUCUAGUAAUCAUCAGUUAUCUGUUCCAGCUAAGUCAACUGGUAAUUCUUCCUCCACUUUCGCUAAUACUACUACCACUGCUACUAGUCCUAGCAACAAAAAUACUAUUUCUAAUACUACUGAUACCACUACUAAUACUACCAAUAAAAGUCUUAAUUUUAUUCAAUUGGUCACUAAAGAGGUGAUUGUCAAUAAAACUAAUUCAUUGAAAUCUUCAGACGAAACUAAUAUUAAACAAUCCUAUUCAUCUUUCGGCGCUGUUUCUAGAGCGGUUAAAGAAUUAGAAAUCACUGCUAAUCCUAUGAAUAAUAAUAAUAAUCCCAUGACUACUACCAAUACUACUAUUAACAACAAUGGUAACAUGGCUGACUUGAAAAUUGUUCGUAGAUUUCAAACUUUAGGAAUGAAUCAACUAGCUGAAACAACAUGUGUUAAUCGUCCUUUGGUAAAUGGAUAUCCAAAUGAAAAGGUCAGUUGACUAUGUGUAUAUUCUUAACGGAGGAGGGGAGAGCUGGAAUUUAGGGUUAGAGUGUCCUAUUUUUAUUUUUCUGUCUAACUAUCACAAACUCCUAUCUUAAUUACAUACUCAUAAGCAAUAUUGUUUUCUUUUUUAGUUUUCAUUAUAAUUUAAUAUUUCUCUUAACUCGACAGGCUGGACGAGAACUAAGUUUUCUAAAACUCUUAUUCUGAUUACCCUUAAACAUGUUCAGCACAUGUAUAUUUCGGUUUAUUUGAUUUGAUUGAUGUUGAAAUCACUGUAUAUCUUGAUUUGCUUCAUACUUCUAUUACAAGCUAAGAUUAUUAAUGUUUUGAUUACCGAUUUCUCUUUGGUAAUUGGUAAGCACACUGGUAGCAUAAGCAUUCAAAUUUCCAACUGGAUUUUCGUGGUAAAUUGUAAGAACAUAAUUUCUUCUCAACAGUGAGUAGAUAGAAAAUAGCUAGCAUUAGGAUCUUGAGCCCGUGUUUCAUACUCGCUAGGACUCGUCAUUUGGGCGUAUCUUCAUCCCAAGGUUGAUGUUUUCUCCGGGAUUUGAACCCGCUACUUUUCGAUUAAGAACCUUAACGUAUUAUUCACUUAGCUACUGAAUUCAGAUAGCUUCAAAACUGUAUGAGGGGUAUUAAUUUUAAUUUGAUUUUUGAUGGUUUGGAUUAUCUCGUUGUUGAUAUUUUGACUGAAAUUUGAUCACUUUUGGUUAGUAUAUGUGCCAUCCUGUGUGAAUUGCCUUGAUAUUGCCAUUAUAUCACAAAUUAAUCUAGAAUUGAUCGAAUGUGGCUAGCAGUAGUGUCUAGGAUGUGCGUUUUGUUCUAUAAUUUCUCUUCUCCGAAUCUCAUAUUGCAUUUGUGAAAUAAAUUUGAAUAAAACUAGCAUGACAGCAUCAAAUAUAAUGUUUAUUAUAAAGUGAUAAUCAACUGAAAAGAAAACUACAGAUCCAUUAGUACAACUUUUGUACCUUGUUUGUUUUGUACUAAACAACUUACAAGAUAAAUUCACAAAGAUAAUAGUCCCCAAAUUAUAAUCAAAUAGUUAUCUCGUAUUGUUUGAUAUUUGUAAUUGAUUGUUUGUUUGAAAUUGUUUUAGAAAAUAUUCCAAAUACUAAGAUUCUAUGAUCCUUGUCGAGAUAUUAUUCAACACUGACUUACUGCUCAAUCUUAGUUGUUUCUUCUCUUCGGUAAUAUGGAUUAUCACCUAACUAACUUUAGUUAUACAGUUGUAUUUUAAUAUUUACAGCUGUUCUGUGUACUAUUGAUGUAUAAAAAUUAGGAUUGAGAUGGAUUCCUAUUAGUAAUGUAUUUAAAUGUCAGCCAAUCUGAAACAUGAUAUGUUUGUAUUGAUUCGGUGAUACCUACUACGUUAGUUGUACGGGAACUGAUUUAGUAAGGUUUUUUUCUAAAAAAAAGCCUAUCGUUGCUCUCCCUAAAUAUACUCAACUGGAGUUAAGAUUAGUUUAUGUGCCUUCUAGUUUAAUAAUGAUUAACUUGAAGAUAAUUUUCAAAUCAGAACUUUUCAAGCUAGAGAGGAUUAUUGAAAACCAAAUAUCAUCAGCAAACUAUUGGAUCUAUGAUCUAUAAGUUUAUAACCUCGAUUCCAUAUUGUAACAUACUAACUGUGAAACCUGAACAUCGUAUAUUCGAUCCCAUAUAAAGUUGACGUUUGCUAACAUUUUAAAUGUUAGUGAAUAAGAGAAGAAAUUUGUUCAGUGGGCCUUAAUUUUUAAUGGCUCUACAGUUGAUGUCAGUUCGCAGUCAAAAAUAUAUUCAACUUUAAAUUCACUUGGUAUUGUUUGUUUGAAUCUUCCCAUUGAUGUUUAAGACUGCAAUUGACCAGUCUCUUGUUGAAAUAUGUGCAUACUGUGCGUAGGACGAAAUGCGCGUCCUGGAUUCCACUGCUAGUCACUAUCCAUCUUUGCUCACAAUAUCUUCAAUUCUGCCUAUAACGAAUAGAAUUUGUAUAGAUCAUUAAAUCUCUCUAUCUGUCAGUAAUCACAAGUGAACUAUUAACCACAAUAAAUUAUAUACCAGGUUUUGAAUUGGCAUCCUUAUUUCGUGAAGGUUUUUCUUGUUUUAAGAUUUUUAAAUAACAGUAAGGACAGUGAUGUUAGGAAUAAGUAGUCCAAUGUUCAAAUUUCGAAAUAAUAAACCACUGAUCCAUAGUUCUACUCCUGUUCACUGCUAUGUACAUUGCCAAUGUUUAUCUUUGAAAGUCUAAUAUUGCCAAAGUAAGCAGUUUAAUUUUUAUGGAGCAUGCAUAUUUCUCUUUUUUUCCAUUUUCCUUACUGUUUAAUUUUCAGAAAAUAUAGUACACUUGUUAUGUACUUGUUGGGGUAAUUUAAUCAAAGCCAACUGAAUAUUUUUUUAUUUACUUAUUGAAAUAUCUUUUAAAACGUUUUAUUUUGUGUUCGGUCAAUUUGACUGAUUUUAAAUAAUGUCUGUGUAUUUGUUUAUUCAUUAUGUAAUUUAGUUCACAAUUUUCUCCAAAGAAAUUCAAUAAUAAACUGGUUAGUAAUGAAUCAAUUGAUUUGAUGAUGAUUAGCUUUGCAGUGAUGUAACUAAGUAAAAGAAGCUUUACAUUGUUAUGUUAAUUAUAGUAAUAGUAGUAGUAGUCUAAUAUCUGUAAUAUCAUUGAGAUCGUGAACCAAUAUGAAAUAGAUAAACGUUGCAAAUCUGGAAGCACUAGGAGGUCGUUUCGUCCCAGCGUAGGACUCCUCAGAGGUGUGCAUUCACGACUCCUCACGCAGGGAUCGAGUCCAGGACAUUCGGUCACGUACACCUAAUCUCUAGACCACUGAAUCGGCAUUCAAUGUUAACCAUGUCCAACUUUAAUCAAUCCAUGAAAUUCCCCAACCAUCUUCCAUUGUCUUUAGUAGGUAACUGCCUCACGUCCAACACGGUUUAGCUCCACUGGUCACUGAUUGAAGUUAGAAACUAAUACCGUUGAAUGCCAAUUCAGUGGUCAAGAGAUUACGUGUUCGCAUGCGAGACCGAACGUCCUGGACUCGAUUCCUGCGUGAGGGAUCGUGAAUGCACACCUCUGAAGAGUCCUACGCUAGGACUAAACGACUGUCCAGAGCCUCUAGGUAUUCCAUGGUGGUUUAAUUUAAAUCUGUUUGCGAUCUCGAUUAAAUUCAAUGAUUUCCAUAACCCUUUACUUACAGUCAGUGAUGCAAUUUUUAACCCAGCUAACCAAAGAAUUUUAAAUGUGUUUUUUGUAUUAAAUUAAUGCAGUUUAACUUGCAGGUGUCUGUAUUAACCGUCUUUUUGUGUGAGAUCAUGAGUUGUUGCAUGAACUAUCCUUUGCAGUAAGUCAUGUUUACUGUUAUGGGUUGAAGUAAAUACCUUAUUUGUUUUUCAUUGUCAUUGUUCCAAUGACAAACAUAAAACCAAUAUUACUGAUUUCUGUGUGUUAACAGUGCUAGUUUUGUUUUCCUUCUUUUUGUAAUUUCCUUCUCACAGCCUAGCUCACAUCGUGGACCAUUAUCUAACUCAUCGAAUAGACUGAUGGUCAGUAGAUUACAAGAAAUAUUUGAAAGUGGCAACACAAAAUCAUCACCGGGUAGUCAAACUAAUCGGACCAAUAAAACACUAGUGUCUGUUAUUCAUAAUAAUAAUAAUAAUAAUAAUA